GAGCGGCAGUGACGUGAUGAGCGCUGCGCUCCGAACCGACCAGCCGAGUUCCAUUCCCGCUCGUGGCCAACACUGCCAGUGACGACUUUCUGAACCGGUCCUGAGCCUCCCCUACGUCGACUCAGCCUCAAAAGAGUGUCAAGAUCGCUACUGGGGAGACAAAGGCGGCCGGGCGUGGUGCUGGCCACCCACCCCCUCGUGUGCCGUCCCACCCUUAAUAGGUGCUCGCUAACAGCACUUGCCCCUACAGUCUGUUGCCUCCCUAUCGCCGGAACCACUCCAGUGGGGAUCUGUCUGCAGAUGUGGCUCAUGUCAGGCAGAGAUUGCAACCAGGUGGUCCGUUGUCAACAGGUGCAAUCACAAGAGCGGCGUCGGCCCAGCUGCAGACUCACGACUUGAUGGAUCUUGGGAGGGAAGAUGAGCUGCUGGACUUUGGUGGCAGCAAUGGAAGCCAGGACAGCAACCUUGACAUUGCCGCAGGUGCUCGGAGAAACAGCGGUGGCGGCGAGCGAGGAGGGCAGCGCCCGCAGUGACCUGGACGCCAUCAGACGCGGCAUCCAGCUGAAGAAGGGUCAGGACAAGGCCGACCAGGACGCCAAGCGGCAGGCCGCAGGGAAUGACGUCGCCGCCAUCCUGUCGCGCCGCGUCGCCGUCGAGUACAGAGACUCGGACUCGGACACGUCCAAGUUCGGCGACGGAGACUGGUCCUACUGAGGCGCGCGGCACACACACGCGGGGGGGGGGGGCACGCGUGGGGCAGUCGUCGAGGGUGGUCGAGAUUGAACCCACGACCUCCUGUACACCAGGCGAGGCAGUUGAAAUUUCCCCAGCCUCCGUGGCUCCCUGAGUCAGGAGUCAAACCCAGGCCCCCUUGUUGCCGUGGAGGUGCGAGCAUGCUCAUUGCGCUCGUAUCGUGUUGUACGUGUGUGUGUGUGUCUGGAUGUUGAAAUUGUUUCGCACGAUACAUCGCCAGCCGUGUCUAAUCGGAGGUAUGGUGGGGACGGAAAACAAACUAUACACAACUACACUAAACUAUAUACACUACACUACACUAUAUACACUGUACGCUACACUCUACACUAUACUAUAUACACUAUACACAACACUAUACAUUACACUAUACACUACACUAUAUACACUAUACGUUACACUAUACACAGCACUAUGUAAAGUCACGUAGAUAGGUUCAAAGAAAGUAACAAAAGACUACGACGUUUCGAUCACAACACAAGCGAUCGUCUUUUUUCAACAGUUUUAAUUAACUUGACUCCUGUGUCGUGGUCAAAUCUUGUAAUCAAAAUUGAGUCUACUUCCUGUUGUCCAAUCAACCUCGCGUGGAAGCUACCCAACCUUUAUUGAGCACAUCAAAUUUCAAUCAUUCUGGGAGUUUCAAUUAAUACAUGUUCUCCUUUUUGAGUGCAAAUAAAAGUGUGAGCAUUGAAAAACUCAUUGAAAUUCUUAACUGUUUGCCAGUGUUACGAUUUGUUGCCCUUACGCUAAGGGAGAAAAGGGCAGCACAGCGGCCGCUCCGGCGCCAUGAUGCGCGGCAAUUGAAGCGCACCUCUGGGACGUCGUCUCUUCUGGCGACGUGAUUCUACCCAUACCCCGCAUACCUUUCUUAACGGUAUAUAUAUAUACAGGGACUCAUCUACUUACGAAGCUUCUAUUUACGAACUUUCAGAGAUACGAACAAACCUGUCCGCACGUCAUGUAGACCGUUAUGGCGUGGAGGAGGCCGUGAUGGCAUGGAGGAGGCCCGUGAUGGCGUGGAGGAAGCCGUGAUGGUGUGGAGGAGGCCGUGAUGGCGUGGAGGAGGCCGUGAUGGUGGGGAGGAGGCCCGUGAUGGCGUGGAGGAGGCCGUGAUGGUGUGGAGGAAGCCGUGAUGGUGUGGAGGAGGCCGUGAUGGCGUGGAGGAGGCCGUGAUGGUGGGGAGGAGGCUGUGAUGGCGUGGAGGAGGCCGUGAUGGCGUGGAGGAGGCCGUGAUGGCGUGGAGGAGGCCGUGAUGGCGUGGAGGAGGCCGUGAUGGCGUG